AUGCCCAACGAUGAAAAGACCGUGCAUUUCGUCCGUCACUGUCAAUCUACAUGGAACGAAGCACAGAAUGUUUUCAAAAUUCCUCGCAAAGAUCUGCACUCUGAAGCUUACCUAGACUGUCCGUUGAGUGCUCUUGGUGAAGAACAAGUUACCACCUUACAGCCGAAAGUAAAGGCUUUGAACGCCGAGAUCGCUAUAACCUCUCCGUUUACGCGAGCCAUUCAGACAUGUCUUGGAUCUUAUGGUAGUCAGAAUGUUGUUGUUUCGCAUUGGUGCGGGGAAAGAGGAGAAUCUUUAUGCGACAUAGGAAAUACCAGAGACAGCCUCGAGAGAAUGUAUCCAACGCUGGAUUUUAGCGAGCUGCCUCCGAACGUAUGGUGGUACGUAGACGAAAAUUUGAGAGAUCAGCUGACAGAUCAGAGAAAAUGCUAUGAGUGGCUGUUGAACAACGGAACCUUUCUAAUGGGGGAAACAGAUGACUAUUUUCAGCAAAGACUGAAACGUUUUCAUGCUUUCCUUCGAAGUCGCAAUGAAACAAACAUUUUGGUAUUUUCACAUAGCAUGUUUCUGAGGAGCUUUCUUAACAAAUAUUACGAGCGGCCUGUAACACAAUAUCUUCCAAAUGGUUCCAUAACCACCUAUAAAUUAUAG